UACGGCCAGUACGUGACACUUGACGUGUAGCGAUCAGCGAUGCAGUGCGCGGGCAAACGAGCGUGAAUCUGAAAAAGAGUACAGUUUCUAGUCUCACGAUCCGCCCGCCAGGGACCAGUGUGUUGCGACGAUAUGGCGUUGCUCGAAACGGUGUUUCGACGAAAAGUGGCGACUGUAAGCGACGAUCGUUUGAAGCAUCAAACCCCGCCAACGCUUCUUUCGAGUUUAAGAAGCGUACUCUUCGUAAUCGGAACCGUUGUCAUCGGAUUCGCCGCUUUCUGCAAUUCAUUAACAUGGCAUCUGCAGCGAUUCUGGGGAGCAUCCGGUGAUUUCUGGCAAGCACAAUGGGACAGAAUCCUAAACAGGCUGGGCGACGAUCCUGUGAUGCUCUGGGUUUACGGCUCGCUGGGACUGACAUUUUUCGUUUACUGGAUAUUCGGCGGCAUUUACACGAUUUUAGACAUAACCAACCGGCCGGCCGCGUUACGAAAAUACAAAAUACAGCCCGGAACGAAUGAGCCGGUGAACAGGACGGAAUUGUGCAAAGUGAUCGCUCAAGUACUAUUCAAUCAGAUCAUUGUCGGAAUUCCUCUUGCGUACGUCAGUUAUCACUUUAUGGAAUGGCGCGGCUAUCCCCCUGUCCGCGAGCUGCCGACCUUCCACUGGGUACUCGUUGAAAUCGCAAUUCACAUAUUAUGCGAGGAAAUUGGAUUUUAUUACUCGCACAGAUUCCUUCAUAGCCGCUAUCUGUAUAAGUAUAUACAUAAACAACAUCAUGAAUGGACGGCCCCCAUAGCUGUAACGUCGCUGUAUUGCCAUCCUUUAGAACACAUUGGCUCGAACCUAUUGCCCCCGUUUUUGGGAGUAUUCAUCGUAGGUUCUCACGUGGCUACCGCUUGGCUUUGGUUCUCGCUUGCUAUUCUAUCUACGUUGAACGCUCACUCCGGUUACCAUCUACCAUUCUUCCCAUCCCCAGAAGCCCAUGAUUUCCAUCACUUAAAAUUCAACCAAUGCUUUGGAGUUUUGGGAGUAUUGGACCGCAUUCACGGAACAGAUACCCAAUUUCGUAAUUCUCGGGCUUAUCAACGUCACAUAAUGAUGCUUAGCUUGAUACCACCGAGAGAGGCUUUUCCAGACGAAAUAAAAUACAAAUCUAAAUAAACGAUUUUUAA